GCCCACAACGCGGCGGGGGGGGGAGUCUCCGGGUGUGUGUGUGUGUGUGUGUGUGUGUGUGUCCGUGCCGGUGUGCGCCCUCCGGGAUCGCCCGCCUCCCUCCCGCCGCUCCCUCUCUCUUUGUGCAACCGCCGCCCCACGGGAGUCUGGGCGAGCCCCGCGGGGAACCGCUCCGUCAUCUCCAUCACCAUGAGCCUCUUCAACCUGGACUCGCUUCCGCUUCGAGAAGAGGAACAAAAACCUGGGCCAGCCCAGGUGGAUUCGCCCGCUUCUGGCACCAAUGAAGAUGCAGAGACAGGAGGGGGAUAAAGCACCAGGCCAGUACCCCAGAGUCCGAUAUGACAGACAAAACGGAAGACUCCAGUGUCCCAGAAACUCCAGAGGCUGAAAGAAGGACAAGUUUAUCUUAUUUCAAGAAUCCAAGAGGAGUACAAUUCAUUGAUUUGUCAUCUGAUGCUGAAGAUGUUGGAUCCCCAAACUGUUCCAAUAAUAACCAAGUUGAAAUUCCCAAAAAAGAACCCGUGAUUAUAAUUUCGGAGCCAUCUGAAGAUGAACAAUCUGAAGAUGUGUCCCGUGAAACGGCAGCUAGAAAUGUUGGCCAAGUUCUAGAGUCGGACUACAUCAAAGAUGCAAAGCUCCAAACUCUGAAGGAACUCUUCCCUCGAAGAAGUGACAAGGAAUUAACUCAGGUGAUUGAAUCAACAAGUACAAUGGAUGGAGCAAUAGCUGCCGCUCUGAUGGUGUUUAAUGAGGAAGCUGCACCUCGAAAAAGAAAAUUAGAUUCAUCUUCUGAGGAUAGCUCCCAAGAUGAUGACACCAAUGAUGAGCAAAUUAUAAAAAAGAAAAGAGUCAAUCCUCUAGACGCAUCCAUUGAUUCUGCUGGAUCAGAAGAUGAAUGGGAAAAGCAGGAAGCUAUAGUACUGAAACUGCAAAAUGAAUUUCCAAACUUGGACAAAGAGGAACUAAGGGAUGUACUCAAGGAACAUGAUUGGAUGUUUAAUGAAGCCUUGGAAUCACUAAGAGUAUUUGCAGAAGAUCCAGAAGCAGAUCCCCAACAGCCUUCCCCAAGCGAAGUUCCAAAUGGCAAAGAAGUCUCUACAAAUAGGGAAAAUCAUCACAAAAACAAUACUAAAGUGAAGUUGAAGCAGAAAUAUGCCGAGAAGACCCAGAACGGCUUUAACAAAAAAGAAAAAGGCAGAAAAAUUGUUUGGAACCCUAAAAGAGAAAUACAGGAUUCUGAAUCCGAAUCUGGCUCCGAAGGUGGCAGCUCCCUAGAUGAGGACUACAGCAGUGGUGAUGAAGUGAUGGAGGAUGGCUACAAAGCUAAAAUCCUUCACUUCCUACAGGAUGCUUCCCUUGGCGAACUGACUCUGAUCCCUCAGUGCUCGCAAAAAAAGGCUCAGAAGAUAACAGAGCUCCGGCCCUUUAACAGUUGGGAAGCUCUGUUCACAAAAAUGUGCAAGACAAAUGGCCUGUCAGAGGAUUUAAUAUGGCACUGUAAAACUUUGAUCCAAGAAAGAGACGUUGUUAUAAGGCUUAUGAACAAAUGUGAAGACAUUUCAAAAAAACUGACAAAGCAGGUGACAAGACUCACUGAAAAUGGUGCUGGAUGGAACAUAGAGCAGCCUUCUAUUCUAAACCAAAGUUUGUCUCUGAAGCCAUAUCAGAAAAUUGGUUUGAAUUGGCUCGCAUUGCUACAUAAACAUGGACUGAAUGGCAUUUUAGCUGAUGAAAUGGGUUUGGGCAAAACAAUUCAAGCCAUUUCCUUCCUGGCAUACCUCUACCAGCAGGAUAAUAAAGGCCCUCAUCUGAUUGUCGUUCCUGCUUCAACUUUAGACAACUGGAUAAGGGAGGUCAAUCUGUGGUGCCCUGACCUUAAUGUUCUUUUUUAUUAUGGCUCUCAAGAGGAUCGCAAGCAGAUUAGAUAUGACAUUCAUAAUAAAGUUGUAGACUUCAAUGUGAUCGUAACCACGUACAAUUGUGCCAUCAGCAGUGCAGAUGAUCGUAGUUUAUUUCGACGUCUGAAACUUGACUAUGCGAUCUUUGAUGAGGGCCAUAUGCUGAAGAAUAUGAGUUCUGUACGCUACCAGCACCUUAUGACCAUAAAUGCGAAGAAUCGUUUGCUGCUAACAGGUACUCCUGUUCAGAAUAAUCUGUUGGAACUAAUGUCUCUCUUGAAUUUUGUCAUGCCUCAUAUGUUCAGUAGUAGCACCAGUGAAAUCCGAAGAAUGUUCUCUUCCAAAGCAAAAUCAGCUGAAGAACAAAGUAUAUAUGAGAAAGAGAGAAUUGCUCAUGCCAAGCAAAUUAUAAAGCCAUUUAUUCUUAGAAGAGUAAAAGAAGAGGUCCUUAAGCAGCUACCUCCCAAAAGGGAUCGCAUCGAGUUGUGUGCCAUGUCAGAAAAACAGGAGCAGCUCUACUAUGACCUUUUCAACAAAAUGAAGAAAUCUAUCCACAGCAUUGAGAAAAAUACAGAAAUGGGCAAUGUCAUGAUGCAGCUAAGAAAAAUGGCUAAUCAUCCUUUAUUACAUCGCCAAUAUUACACAGCUGAAAAACUCAAGACAAUGUCAAAGCUUAUGCUAAAGGAACCCACGCAUUGUGAUGCUAAUCCUGACCUCAUUUUUGAAGACAUGGAAGUUAUGACGGACUUUGAGCUGCAUUUACUUUGUAAACAGUAUGGGCAUAUCAGUGACUUCAAGUUAGAAAUGGAUUUGAUUUUGGAUUCUGGAAAAUUCAAAACAUUGGAAUAUAUUUUGUCUGAACUGAAGCAAAAGGGUGACAGAGUUGUACUCUUUAGCCAGUUUACAAUGAUGUUGGACAUCUUAGAGGUUCUUCUAAAGCAUCACCAGCACAGAUAUCUUAGAUUGGAUGGAAAGACUCAGAUUUCUGAAAGAAUACAUCUAAUAGAUGAGUUCAAUACAGAUAUGGGCAUCUUCGUGUUCCUGCUGUCAACGAAAGCGGGUGGCCUUGGGAUAAAUCUCACAUCAGCAAACGUGGUGAUCCUGCAUGAUAUUGAUUGCAAUCCUUAUAAUGAUAAGCAGGCAGAGGAUCGAUGUCAUAGAGUGGGUCAGACUAAGGAAGUACAAGUUAUAAAACUAAUAAGCCAAGGGACGAUUGAAGAAUCCAUGCUUAAGAUCAACCAACAUAAGUUGAAGCUAGAACAAGAUAUGACCACGGCAGAUGAAGGAGAUGAAGGAACCAUGCCCGCAGAUAUAGCCACUUUACUAAAAACGUCAUUAGGGCUCUAAAUUCAAGGGGAUGCCAGUCCCCCCCGAGAAGAAAACAUCAAUGUGGUGCACUCCGGAACUUUUACAUUAUGAUGGUCAUGGGUUUUAUGAACAUUUAUAACUUUUUGUAAUUUCCAUACUGUAUUUCUCAUGGUAUUGAAGUUUUUUGCCACUAACGGAAUUCUCCAGAUCCCUGAAACUGAAAAUCUAUCAACGCCACAAAAAUGUAGUACUUAUGAUGUUGAAUAACCUAUUUUACAGAAGUUUUCCAAAUGGAGAUUAGGUGGUGAUUGUUUGUAACAGAUCUGCUAAAUGCUUUAGAUAUGUCAGUAUUUUUGUAAUAUUUCUACCUCCAAAUAUAUAUAUAUAUAUACAUAUAUAUAUAAAAUUCUGUCUUUCACUGGAUAAUGUGUGUAGAUUUUUACAUGUGCCUUAUUUGACAAUGCUCAUGUCUUGUUGUUGCUUGUCUUAACUUGUUCAAAGUACUGUUUUUGUAUUACCGUAGACAAAGAAUAAAAUUGUAUAGAUUGCGUAGCUUUAGUUUGAUGGCUAUUCAAUGAAACAGGUGUGAACUGUUAUCCGUAAGAGUGGGGCCAGAAAUCUCUGAUGAGAAGAUUCUCUUCCCCUUGCUCCCUCACAAGCACUUUCCCAAGAAGAGCUACUGUGUGUGGAAAACCGUGAGAUGUUCGCCCACUUCUGUAUUUAAAAAAAAAAAAAAGCAAAAAAAAAAAACCCCUUCCUGCUCCAUGAACCUUGUUUGUCUUUAUCGCUCUCUCUAGUUGUACAGCCAAGUCAGCUUACUUUAGGGUGUGUUUCUUGGGUUCUCAGCUCAGCCUUCCGCUGAUCCAGACGCUAGUUGGAAGCAGAUCUUGCUCCCUAAGUGACCAUUCAUUCUGCCAUAUCUCCGUGCACCAACGGCACACUGCUGAAACAUUCAGCCAGUGCAGACUCCUGGAAAGCUACUUCCCGCUGAGGGGAAAUACCAGAGCACCUUUGUGCUGCAAAGGAAAUCCACGUGCUCAACACAAAUCCUAGCCUGAAGGGCUGUGGUCUCCCCUCAAUGCGUUGUCGGGUAAAAUUUACCUCUUCCAGAUCUGGGGACGAUGCAACUCCUGGUGAGAAAGCCACCGGUCAGCCUCAGCUCAGGCUGCCAGGGGCCAUGAUGAAAAAAUUGGGAAAUUAAAGUUGUUCGGUAGCUAAUCUCGGAAAUCUUUUUUUUUAAAAAAAAUUUGCCUACUGUUAGUCAAACUGCUGUUUUUAUUGUACAUCUAUUUCUUUGUAUAACGUGAGCUUUCUGUAUUUUUAUUUUUAUUCUGUACAUAUUAUAAAUAAACUUUAUUUAUAAAUGGGAA